UGUGGGUCCCACCUAAAAGCAAAACCAUAAGCGUCCACCAAUCAAAUGUCUACGCAGCAAUUAAAAGUUUGAAAGUCAAAUCAAAACGGAUGUAAGUCGGCUACAGAAGAUCUUCGAUGUUUUUGAGAAACUUCCUCAACUAACUUACCAGGUUUUGUUUCUCAAGCAACUACUUCAAAGGAAGAUGUCUUUCCAUUUAUUCCUGGGAUAGGAAGGCAGAAGGCUACAGACUUCUUUCAGUGCUGGCUCUUUUUGUUUUAAAUUAAGGAUAAGAUGAAAACAAAUGGAGCUUUGCAGACCAUUACAGCUGCAGCCAUGAGAGAAACAUUGAAGAGUAUGCUCUACAUUAUCAUCUUGUCUUGCGUUCUUCUGGAAACCUCAGCACAGAAUGAAGCAGAGGCUUUGCUGAAAUGGAAAAACAGCUUAAAUUCUCAUGGGCUCACUUCAUGGUCCCUCACCAAUGGCAGCAGUGGCAGCAAUCCUUGUAACUGGACUGGAAUUCAAUGUGAUGAAGCCAGGAGCAUUGUAGAGAUAAAUCUUGCCAAUUCAGGCCUCAGUGGCACUUUGGACCAGUUCAACUUCUCUGCUGUCCCCAAUCUCACUUCCCUCAAUCUCAAUCGCAACAAUCUUGUUGGUGUGAUUCCGAAUCAAAUUGGGUCAUUAAAGAAACUCAUUUCUCUUGAUUUAGGAAACAACAAUUUCACAGAUGUUAUCCCUUCAGAGAUUGGAGAUCUUUUGGAGUUGCGGGUGCUUAGCCUCAUCAACAAUUCACUCACAGGUCCAAUUCCUUAUCAGCUUAGCAAGUUGCAAAAGGUAUGGAAUCUCAAUCUUGGUGAAAACUACCUACAGAAUCCUGACCCAGUUCAUUUCAGGGGCAUGGCAUCAUUAACAGAACUUCAGCUCACUUACAACUAUCUGGGACCAGACAUUCCACCUUUCAUCUUUGAAUGCUCAAAGCUGAUCUUUCUGGACUUGUCAGACAAUCUCAUCACAGGUCCAAUUCCUGUGCAACACUUCCUUAGUCUUAAGAACCUUGAAUUCUUGAACCUAACUAAUAAUGAAUUUGAAGGACUGGUUCCAGUAGAAAUAAAGAAUCUUACUAAGCUUCAAGAUCUGAGGUUGGGAAUAAACAAGCUGAAUGGUACAAUACCAGCUGAAAUCGGCCUCUUGUCCAACCUCAGAGUCCUUGAGUUGCAUGAGAAUCUGUUUCAUGGGCCAAUGCCAUCUUCAAUAGGAAACCUUAUAAUGCUUCAGAAACUAAAUCUUCGGAAAGCAGGUCUGAAUUCCAGUAUCCCGAGUGAGCUUGGCUUUUGUACCAACCUUACUUUCCUUGAACUGUCAGAAAACAGCCUGUCAGGAGCAUUGCCUCUCACCAUGGCCCUCCUAACCCAAAUAUCUGAGCUUGGAAUCUCUAGCAAUCAGCUCUCUGGUGAAAUCCAUCCAUAUUUCCUAUCCAAUUGGACAGAACUUAUUUCAUUGCAACUCCAUGUCAACAGUCUAACAGGAACAAUCCCUCCUGAAAUUGGGUUACUUCGCAAGCUAAACUACUUAUUCCUAUUUCAGAACCAAUUAUCAGGUUCCAUACCAUUGGAUAUAGGCAACUUGUUGAAUUUGAUUUACCUUGAUUUGGCUGACAACCUCAUUACUGGUUCAAUUCCUUCAAGCAUAGGAAACUUGACUAGGCUUGUUAAUAUAAAUCUCUCCAAUAACCAACUCACUGGAAUUUUUCCCCAUGAAAUAGGUAACAUGGAAGGCCUAGAAUUUCUUGACUUCAGUAGAAACAAGCUGCAAGGCACCUUGCCUUCAUCAAUAACCCACCUGAAAAUUUUGACUCUCUUCUAUGUUCCAAAUAACAACUUCUCUGGUAGCAUACCUGAAGAUUUUGGCCCCAGUUCUCUCAAAAAUGCAAGUUUUUCACACAACUUCUUCUCAGGAAAUCUCCCUCCCCAAAUUUGUGGAGGACAUCUUAUAUACUUGUCAGCAGAUGGAAACAGAUUUGUGGGACCAAUUCCCCAAAGCCUUAAAAAUUGUCCAGGUUUAACCAGAGUCCGUCUUGAGCAAAACCUUCUUGAUGGAGAUAUAUCUAAUGCAUUUGGGGUAUACCCAGCUCUUGAAUACAUUGAUUUGGGCAAUAAUCAACUAUCUGGUGUAUUAUCACGAAGUUGGGGAGAGUGUGUGAGCCUCUCAUUUUUUCGAGUUUCUGGCAAUAUGCUAUCAGGCCAAAUUCCAAAGGAGAUUGGAAAGUUGAAAAAUCUAAAAGAGCUCAGUCUUUCUUCAAAUCAACUAACAGGAAAUAUUCCACUGGAGAUUAUCACUUCAUCUUCACGUAUAUAUGAACUAAAUCUGAGCAACAAUCAGCUUUCAGGCCAUAUACCUGCAGAGAUUGGACAACUAUCACAACUACAAACCCUGGAUUUGUCAGGGAAUAAUCUAAGUGGGCCAAUACCAGAGGAGCUUGGAGACUGUGAAGAAUUAAUAUCCUUGAAGCUCAAUGACAACAAAUUAAAUGGGACAAUUCCUCUCCAGCUUGGAAACCUAGUGGCAUUGCAGUCUAUCCUAGACCUUAGUCAAAAUUCACUCAUGGGGGAGAUAUCACCACAGCUCGGAAAUCUAAAAUCAUUAGAAAAUUUGAAUCUUUCUCACAAUAGCCUCUCUGGUUUGCUACCUUCACUGCAAGGUCUGAUAAGCCUUCAAUCAGUAGAUAUAUCAUAUAACAACCUUGAAGGUCCACUUCCAGAAAUAAAGGCAUUUGAGCAAGCUCCUCUCCAGGCAUUGGAAGGAAAUCCGGGUCUAUGCAGCAACAUAGUGCAAGGUUUGCGCUCUUGUGAUAGCAAUACUCUGUCUGCAAGCGGCAACAAAAGCAACAGAUGGAAGCUGGUCAUUGCUGCAAGUGUCCCCAUUGUUACUGCCAUAGUUCUAUCAAUUUUGUUUUGGAUCUUCAUUUGCCACCGUACUUCCAGAAAUCUAGAUGAAGAAAAGCAUGAUUCGUAUUCAGCAGGUGACAGCUCAUUCUCAGUAUGGAACUAUAAUGGGAAAUUAGUGUUCAAGGAUAUCAUCACUGCUACAGAAAACUUCAGUGAGGCUUAUUGCAUAGGGAAGGGUGGACAAGGAAGUGUCUACAAAGCAAUACUUCAUACAGGUGACGUCUUUGCGGUAAAGCGUCUUCACAUGCCAUCAUCCAUUGAGAAUGGGUUGCCAGGGGAAGAGUUGGUGAAGAACUUUGAAUAUGAAGUACACGCUCUGACUGAAAUACGACAUCGAAAUAUUGUAAAGAUGUAUGGAUUCUGCUCAAGCAAGGGGUUCAUGUUUUUGGUAUAUGAGUAUGUAGAGAAAGGUAGCUUAAAAUGUUUACUUUAUGAUGAGAAAGAGGCAAGGAUGCUAGACUGGAAUACAAGGUUGAAGAUUAUUAGAGGGGUUGCACAUGCCUUGUCUUACUUGCACCAUGACUGUUCACCACCCAUAGUGCAUCGGGACAUAUCAGGGGAUAAUAUUUUAUUGGACUCAGAGUUCGAACCAAAGAUAUCUGACUUUGGGACAGCAAGGUUUCUACGAGAAGAUCAGUCCAAUUGGACGGAACCAGUUGGUUCUUAUGGCUACAUGGCUCCAGAGCUUGCCUCUACAAUGAAAGUUACAAAGAAAUGUGAUGUGUACAGCUUUGGAGUUAUUGCAUUGGAAGUAAUCAUGGGAAAGCACCCCGGAGAACUCCUUUCAUGCAUGCAACAAGACCUGAAUUUCACAAUCACAAGUGUGUUAGACCAGAAACUUCAAGCUCCAAGUGGUCUCACUUUGCAACAAAUACUUUCAGUGGUGAUCCUUGCUUUGGCCUGCACACGUGCAAACCCCAAUUCACGGCCUAACAUGGAUCAAGUGUCUCAUGAACUCUCAUAUGGUGCACAUCAGCUUUAUUCUGAGCCGUUUGACAUGACUACACUACAAAAUCUAAGGGGUCUUUUUUGAGAAAAUAUACUACAAGGAAUCUGUAUAUUAUGUAAGAAUAACUAUACAACUCUGUUUUUGCAUUGGAAUUCAUUUAUAGAACUCAACUUUCUUCUCUUCUGGUGAACAGCUUUGAUCCCUUCUUUUCCACAAAAAGUAUGAAAAAAAUAUUAGUUUUUAGCUCAUACAUACCAAUGAAAAUUACAAUAACUUUAAGCCAGAAAAUACAAACCAAGACUUAUUCAAGUUAUUAAGACAAAACAAGAGUACAAGGACACUCCAUCUUCCUAGGGCAUCUCCAACAUGGGUUGCAUUAACAUUUGCCAACAUAUUAAAAUUGCAAAGUCAAUUUUAGUUUUUCUAAAUUCACUAUGUUGGGAACCACAUAUUGGCUUCUGCCAACAAUAGCUAAGUUCAACAUGUAUUCAACUCCAUGCACAAGCCAUCAUAAACGAAUUCUGCAUAAGUCAAGCAAGCUAGAAACUAGAAAAAGAUGGUUCACAUCUUGGACGCAUUUUAGUCUAAAACUCAGAUGAUCUAAAUGUUCCAAAUCUUCCACGGGCACAAUGCAUGUGUUUGAUUUGUCCAAUUCUGACUUCAAUCACCGAUUAAAAUGCACACCAAUCUUAUAUUUUUUUCUUUUUUUCUCUAUUUUAUGGAAAUCUUAAGAAAGGUAUGAUGAUCUACUUGAAGUUCAUUAUCCUCAUACUACAGCAAUUUAUUUCAUAUCAUGAUAGGAUAUUAGGAUUUAAUCCAAAACCAAAUUGGAACUAAAACACAAUCAAUUGAAUCUAACAUUUCAUGAAAUUACAUGAAGCUACUGAGGAAUAGACAUUUCAAAGCCUUAGUUACUUUUACCUUCCUUACAUGAAAUGAGGUUUGAUUCAAUGGGUAUCACCUUUUCUGGAGUAAAUCAUCGUAAAUCAUCAGGGAUGAACUUGAUAAAUUCCUUCAAAUCUCACGUCAAUUCAGUUGUGUUAGGAACUGCCUAACUCAGGGACUUUUUCGAGGAAGCCUGCCUCCUGAACGAGAGAGAGAAAAAGAAGAAAGAGAGAGAGAGAGUGAGAGAGAGAUUGUAUUCCCAAAAUCAAUAAUUCCUCUCCUGGCUUCCUUUCCUUAUUUAUACACUUCUGUUACAAUUUUGUUAUAUCAGCCUCUCCACUUGUCCAGUUUGUUAUUUAGUUUGUUCUAGUGGUUGGUUGUCAGUUACAUUACUUAA